AAAAUAUUAGGAUAUAGGCUAGACUAUAAGCCAUGAAUUUUAUAAAUUAGAUUCUCUCAAACAACAAUCAAUAAUCAAAAUUGACAUUAUCUAAUAACAAACUCCGCAGGAGUUGGUAUUCGAGGCAAAUUAUAAUCAAAGAGUAGUGGAAGACAGAAGAACAAAGAACCAAACAGAAAGCAGUUUCUCAUCUUUACGGCACAAGAACCAAUUAUAAAACAAGUUUGCAGAAAAAAAAUAAUAAUAAGAUGGAUCAGAAGUCAUAUAUAGGUGUAAGAAAAAGACCUUGGGGGAAAUAUGCAGCAGAGAUCAGAGAUACAACAAGAGGAGGAAGAAGAGUAUGGCUUGGAACAUUUGAUAGUGCUGAAGAUGCUGCUUUAGCUUAUGAUCAAGCUGCAUUUUCAAUGAGAGGUAAUAAUGCUCUCAUCAAUUUUUCUGUUCAAAGGGUUAAAGAAUCUUUGCAAGAGAUUCAAUAUGAUUGUAGAAAAGGGUCUUCACCUGCACUUGCACUAAAAGAGAGACACUAUCAACAGAGAAUGUUGUCAUCAAAAGUAAGAAAAAAUAAUAAAGCAGGGAAAUCAGAAGAAGGAUCUUCAUCAAGUGUAUUGGUGUUUGAAGAUUUGGGAGCUGAAUAUCUUGAGCAACUUCUUGCCAUGUCUGAUAAUCAAACUACUAGCAGCAACAACUAGUUCGAAUCAACUUAUUAACUUUUCAAUAAUUCUAUUUUUGUUUUUUUUUU